AUGGAUGAAGCUCCAAACAGUGACAUGAAUAUUGAUUAUCAUGGAACUCAGGGUCUUCUCUCUACUAUGCCAAAGAACAACGGCUUUAAUAUUGAUGAAGAUAUAGGCAUUUCAGAAUUAUUUAAACUUCUUCAAGAGGAUCCCAUGAACAUUGCUCCUAGCACUUCAAUAGAAAAUGUUGCUCUAAAUCAUCAACAUUAUGACAUUUCAGAAUUACCUUGUCUUAAUUUUCAAGAGGAUCAUGAAACUCAGGAUCUUCUCUCUACUAUGCCAUUGAACAGUGAAUUGAAUAUUGAUGAAGAUAUAGGCAUUUCAGAAUUAUUUAAACUUCUUCAAGAGGAUCCCAUGAACAUUCUUCCUAGCACUUCCAUAGAAAAUGUCGCUCCAAAUCAUCAACAUUCUGACAUUUCAGAAUCACCUCGUCUUAAUUUUCAAGAGCAGCCCAUGAACACCAACAUUAUUCCUAGCAUUUCGAUAGAAAACGUUGCUUCAAAUGAUCCAAAUCCUGACACGUCACAAUUACCUAAUGAUUUUUUUCUUAAAGAGAAGCCCUUGACCACAAACACUAUUCCUAGCAGUUCAUCAACAGAAGAGGGUGAUAAGAAUUCUUCUUCAAGAACAACUUAUCAGAACACCCUUGAUAAGGAUGAUAACUAUUCAUUGUUUUAUAUUUAUUCCAUGGGAGUAACCAUGCUGCGACAAGAAGGAGGAAGAAGAAAAGAAGACCCUAUUCCUAUCGAAGGUGACAUUAAUAUUUCAAGUAGGAGGGAGCAAGACAAUUCUAGAACAAAUGCCAUGAUUCUCCAACAACCUAUGCUAAAAAUUCCAGUUUUGGAGAAAUUAGAAAAGGAGUCCAUGAGACAAAAGUUAACUGUUGAUCAUCCUCUGGUAAUAUCAACAAAUACUAAGAAAGAGAAAGAAAACCCUCAAACCAAUGACUUGAUGUUCCUCAAGCCACCUAUGCCCAGAACUCCGUGUUUGGAGAAUUUUGAAACAGAUCCUAUGAAGCCAAAAUUCACCAUUGAUGAUCAUUCUUUUGGGUCAAGUACUAGAAGGGAGCAAGAAAAUCCUAGGACCAAUGCCAUGAUCCUUAGCCCUCCCAUUCCAAAAAGUCCAAUGCUGAUAGAGAAAGAAAGUGACUUGAUGAAGUCAAAGCUUACCACUGAUAGUCAAUUUGGAAUUUCAACAAGUAGGAGGGUCAGGGAGCAAGAAAAUCCUAAGACCAAUGGCCUAAUCCUCCAACAACUCAUGUCUAAUAUUCCAAUUUUGGAGAAAUUCGAACGUGAAUUCAACAAGACAAAGCUCACAUUUGAUCAUCCAUUUGGAACUUUAACAAGCAGAAAGGUCGAGGUGAAAGCAAAUCCUAAGACUGAUGGCUUGAUCCUCCGACAACAACCUAUGCCAAAUAUUCCAACUUUGGAGAAAUUAGAAAGUGAGUUAAUGAAGCGUAAGACGAUGCCUGGUCAUACUAUUGCGAGGAAGGAUGGUAAAUGUAAGCAGGGAAUUGAAAGUGGUGGCUUUAAGAGUACUGAUAACUCUUCUAGGAAAGAAGAUGAGAUCCGCACUGAAGUUGUGAAUUCCUUGGACAUUGAACUUCAACAAAAGACAAGUUCCAAUGGCGGUCCUAUAAGAAGAUUAUCUAAUAAGACAAGCUCAAGAUACGAACCAUUUGGGGGACAAACUCCAAACAAGCAAGGAUCAGCCAGGCAUGUUUUAACAGCUCUCAAUAUAACUCAUUCUCGUCUUGUUAAUAUUUGCCAGGAAGUUCCUGAAAACAGUUUAGAGUCAACCUUCAACAAACCACAAGGCGCAGAAGAGAGAAUUAUCUGUGAUAUUGGUGCAGCAUGGAAAACCCAUCUCAAUCAGAUUAAAAUGAAGACAGGAAUUGGUAGUGCUAUUGCUGGCUCCUCAUAUCAUAGAUGUAUGCUCUUGAACUGCAAGGAAUGGAAGUCGGAUUCCUCUCAAGUUGCUGAAAUUGAGAAGCAAAACUGUAAUGAUGAAGAAUCUUUGGUUGGAGCAAGAAGUUCAAAGACAAUUAACCAUUCAACUCGGGACUUCCAACAUUCUCCUGCUAAUACUCAUGAGAUUACAAACAAGCUCAAAGGCGUUGCAGGUGGACAAAAUGCCAAUAAAGAAACUCAAGUGCUUGGUUGUGCUAAUCAAGAAGUUACAUUGGGGAGCACCGACAGUGGGAAAUGAAGAUGUUUUUUGGGGUGAAAAGCUUCAAUGUUGAAGGCAUUCACUUCAACUAGACAAAGUAUCCAAUUAUUUAGAGAGAUAUUCUUACACCUUGAGGAUAUUUUAUUUAUUAUGGAAAUAGAUAAGCAUUUAUGGUGCGUGGGAACAUGAUGUCAAAAACUAGUCUUGCUCAAAGGCACAAAAUACUUCUACAGAGUGUCUUGUUAUUUUGGAUAUUCAAUAAUUAGCUUUUAAGUACAAUGUUUUAUUUCCUUAAUUUGUUUUU